AUGGUUAAUGAAAGGCCCAAAAAUCCUGACAAACUGAAUGAUCCGGAAGCAAUCGUAAAUAGAUAUGAUCUCAGAGAUCGCAAACGUCACACUCUUAAUUCAAAACCAACAGAUUUAAAUACCGCACAGAAAGACUCGAAAUCUACCGUAUCAGCAGAUUACACCACUGCAAGGGACCUACAGAGCCCAGCUGCAAAGACAGCGAAGAAAAAACUGAAUUCAGAAUCGCCUCGAACAGCAAGAGCCCAGUCUGAAGGAGCAAAUAGUCGAAAGACAGAUGAAGCCUCUGAAUCUAACGAAUUUAGCCUAAGCAGCAUGUUUCCGUCGAUUUUUGGUAGUAGCGCCCCAGCGGUGCUCUCAGGACCGGCUCGAAAUACCCGCUCCGCUUCCCAGUUGUCGCAGUCAUUUCGAGUUCCAGAGAUUCCAAGAAAGCCAACAAAUCCAAGAAAAGAUGUUAUCAAAUUUCGUUCUGACUAUGCAAAUAAGUUCGCUAUAGGCAGUAAGCACACAGUGAAUUUCUUUAGCGGAUCAUAUGAGGAUGCACAACGAAAAGCUAGAAAUGAUGUUAAACUGCUCGUUAUCUUUAUCCAUGACCCAAAUGAUGCGGAUUCCAUAAAACUGAUACAUGAAUCGCUCAAUUCAAGUGAAUUUGACAAGCUUGUCACUAACAAUAAACUGAUUGUCUGGGGAGUCGCUAACGAUUCCGAGGAAGGAAAAUACGUGGCCUACACUUUGCAUGUGUUCAAAUUUCCAUUCAUAAGCCUAAUGUGUCCAAGAGCUGAUAAUCGCAUGUUUUCGGUCCGAAGGAUCUCCGGUUUCGCAAGUGCAGCCGAACUGGUGGAAAGGCUUGAAAGCUCCAUACAAAUAACCAAAGAUGACCUCAAGGAAUUGCGGGAGCAAAAGUGA